UUCAUGUUUAUUUGUGUGCGAAGGUCUUGUCUUGGCUCAUCUCGUCGAUUGAAGCACAUUUCUUCAUUACAGCAAAUAGCAACUCGUUUCUCCACUAUGGCAGAGGCCAAACCUAAGGAUUGGUGGAAGAAGGCAAAUUCAAUUUUUGAAUUUGAUGCAAAGGAUAUUGAUGGGAACGAUGUCUCGUUAGAAAAAUACAGAGGCCAUCUAGUUCUUAUUGUCAAUGUUGCCUCUCAGUGAGGUUUCACCGACAAGAACUACACUCAGCUACAACAAUUGCACGCUAAGUAUGCUGAGUCCAAAGGUCUACGUAUUCUGGGUUUUCCUUGCAACCAGUUUGGUAAACAGGAACCAGGGACUAAUGAGGAAAUCAAGAAAUUUGCCACUGGUAAAUAUGGAGUACAGUUUGAUAUGUUUUCUAAGAUCAAUGUCAAUGGCAGUGAAGCCCAUCCACUGUAUAGUUAUCUGAAAAUCAAACAAAAGGGAACAUUGGGCAAUUUCAUCAAGUGGAACUUUACUAAGUUUUUAGUUGACAAGAAUGGUCAGCCUGUCAAACGUUAUUCUCCCAAUACAGAACCAUUCACUGUUGAAAAGGACUUUGACAAGUUUUGGUAGAAUUACAGAUGAAUGUCUAACAAGAAAAUACAGCGUGUGAGGAUGACAACAUGGAACUGUAAAGUAUCAUUACAGACACUCAUUUAUUCUUGCUAUAUGACGGUUAAUCUUAAAACCCAUCCAUGGGUGGGAUUAACCUGAUACAUUGCGUGCCUGCAUCGAGUAAAUGAAACGUGAAUGUCAUGUCAUAUUUUAAAAGUUCACUGUUGGUUUUUCACAUGGUUGUCAAGUUGGUACCAAUAUUGAUACCUGACAUGUAAUUAUAUAUUCAUGUUUAAUGGGGAAUAAAAAAAGUAUUUGAUAUAUAAUCAGUAUAAGAUGGUUUGACAGUUCAAGUAUAAGAUUUUGUUUUUCGCUAAUUGGGAGGUAAUUUUUUUUUAGUCAUUCCUGAUAAUGUAUUCAUAACCACGAUAGUGAUGCUGUAGCAUUCAUUGCCACACACUAUAGUGAAAUCUAACCCUGUACAAAUACAUAAUUGUUGAAAUAUUUUAUCUGUACGCUGCAAGAUGGAAAGGGAUUGUGAAAGAAGUUUAAUGUAGUUUUUAGUGUGGUGAUCUAAGUUUAGAUAGUACCAGCAUGCCAACUUGCCAAUGACAUAACUACAAUAAAUUUCGAAUACAAAUUUCAAACUAACUACAUGUGAACGCAAAUACCACUAAGAUCUUGUUGAGUUUUAUUUAUUUGAUUCUCGUCAGCUUCAUUCUCGAUAUAUGUAACCAUGGUGUUUGGUGCAGCAGCAUUUGCAGCUACUCGUGAUUACUUGUACAGUAAUGUCAAGUGAUCAUGUGACUUAAAACAGUACCACACUGAGAUGUUAGUGUCAAUCAAGGCGGCACUGAUAAUUCAACAUGUCUCAACUCUGUAAUGCAGCUAGUAAUGUUAGUGAGGUACAUGUAUGGAUGAAUGAUGACUUUGUGCAAUUUUUUUAAAAAUGUAUUUAGUGGUUGCUCAUGAAUCAUCUCGUCAGACAACAUUACUGGUAGAAUACAGAUUUCAAAAAGAGGUGUUCUUCUGAAAAUAUGUUGCAUCAUGAAAAUACAGAUAGUAGAACCAAAGACAUACAGUGCGUUUCAGUGUGUGGCUGUGCCAGCUACAAUUAAAAGUUUGAUUAUGCAAUGAGACAAACUUCUGUUUGUCAAAUCAUUUGUUUUUAAAAUGUACAUCUAACAUUGAACUUUUCAUGAGCUCAGGUUUGAAAGCAAUUUUAUUAUCAUUACAUGAAUGUAAAAAAAAAAGCAGUAAGAAUCCCAUGUUUUUAGAAAUUAAUUGGUUUAUUCUGAGUGCAAUUAAUAUAGUAUUGAAUGGCAGGUGACGGGUCCGAUUAGGAGGAAAUCACUAUGGAAACCAGGAUCUGUACUUAUUUUAUAAUUAUUCUUGAGAGAUGUGUAACAUUUCCUUUCUUACUGAAUUUAAAAUGAAUUGUGUAA